AUGGACGCGGAGUCCCUGGCUGGGGAUGAGUGUCUGGAAGAAGAUGAGGAGGAGCUGGAGACCAGCUUGGAAGACCCCGAGCAGGAGAGCGUGGGAAAAACCGUGCCGGGUGGACGCAGCUGCGGCCUCCUGACCCGCCGAGGAAUCACGCUCCGGGUUCUUCUCAAAGAUGGGCUGAUUGAACCGGGGGAAGGAGUCCUCUCGAUUUACUACCUGGGAAAGAAAUUUUGGGGCGACCUGCUGACCGAUGGGAAGAUCGCCUGGCAACAGACCGGACAGAUCUUUAACUCCCCCAGCGCCUGGGCUACCUACUGCAAGAAGCUGGUCAACCCUGCAAAGAAGUCGGGCUGCGGCUGGGCCUCGGUCAAGUACAAGGGGCAGAAACUUGACCAAUACAAGGCGGUCUGGCUGAAGAAGCAUCAACCCAAUGCCCCCCCUGCGGAGGAGAGUCUGAUCAGCGAAGGGGAGGAAGAGGACCUGGGUGACGAGGAGGAAGAUGAGGCCAAAGGGAUGAAGGCAGCCUUGGCUGACUCCAUGCUGGCCAAGAAGGUGGACGAGAAAAGCAGGAAGCUGCUGGCGAAAAGUCUGUCAGACUCACACAACGCAGAUCACAGCAAAAGGCUGGAGUGCCAGAAUCGAAUUCCUGUCCGUUAUUGCAAUUUGGGGAGUCGGGAUUCUGUCAGGAACCCCCAUACCUUGGUAGAGGUGAUGUCUUUUGCAGCCCUCAACAAAUUCCAGCCUUUCAAUGUGGCCAUCUCUAGCAACGUUCUCCUACUCGUGGAUUUCCACAGUCACUUAUCAAGAAGUGAAGUGGUGGGCUACCUGGCAGGCCAAUGGAACAUCAACAGCCAACUGCUGACGGUGCUGCGGGCGUUCCCUUGCCGGUCACGACUCGGAGAUGGAGAGUUGGCAGCCAUUGUGGAAGAAGAGAUCUGCCAAAACCUCUUCCUGCGGGGGCUGUCGCUGGUGGGCUGGUAUCACAGCCACCCGUUCAGCCACCCUCUGCCUUCCCUACAAGACAUCGACAUGCAGAUGGACUACCAGCUAAAGCUCCAGGGAACCAGCAACAGCUUCCAGCCGUGCCUGGCGCUCAUUUGUGGUCCUUACUACCACGGCAAUCAAGGUGUAGAGUCCAAGAUCUCCCCCUUCUGGGUGAUGCCACCCCCGGAGCAAAGACCCUAUGAUUACGGCAUCCCCAUGGAGGUUGAAGUCACCUACAUCCAGGAUGGAUUUUUAACGAACGACGUUCUCCACGAAAUGAUGCUGCUGGUGGAGUUCUACAAAGGGGCACCUGACAUGGUGAAGUUUCAGGACGCGUGGAGCCAGGAGCAGACCUACCUGGAUAAACUCAAGGGCUCCUUAGCUUCUAGGACACCCAAGGAUCAAAGCUUCGGACAUAUCCUGGAACAGGUCUACGCAGCCCUCCAACACAGCAGCUGA